GCUUCACCUUUAAGGCGGCGCGGGGGCUGCUGGGAAGGCCGGCGGGAUGGAGGCGGCGGGACCGGCUCGUGGCUGCGGGUCCGGGUGAAGCGGGAGGCAGCCGGAGUCGGAGCCGGGCCCGAGCACCAGGCGCAGGCCCGGCGCCCGCCUGCCCGCACCCUCGUCCUCACAGACGCCACAGCCAUGGCCAUGAUGGUGCUUCCGCGGGAGGAGAAGCUGAGCCAGGAUGAGAUCGUGCUGGGCACCAAGGCUGUCAUCCAGGGACUGGAGACUCUGCGUGGGGAGCAUCGUGCCCUGCUGGCUCCUCUGGUUGCGCCUGAGGCCGGCGAAGCCGAGCCUGGCUCGCAGGAGCGCUGCAUCCUCCUGCGUCGCUCCCUGGAAGCCAUUGAGCUUGGGCUGGGGGAGGCCCAGGUGAUCUUGGCAUUGUCGAGCCACCUGGGGGCCGUAGAAUCAGAGAAGCAGAAGCUGCGGGCGCAGGUGCGGCGCCUGGUGCAGGAGAACCAGUGGCUGCGUGAGGAGCUGGCAGGGACACAGCAGAAGCUGCAGCGCAGUGAGCAGGCCGUGGCCCAGCUCGAGGAGGAGAAGCAGCACCUGCUGUUCAUGAGCCAGAUCCGCAAGUUGGAUGAAGACGCCUCCCCUAACGAGGAGAAGGGGGACGUCCCCAAAGACACAUUGGAUGACCUGUUCCCCAAUGAGGAUGAGCAGAGCCCAGCCCCUAGCCCAGGAGGAGGGGAUGUGUCUGGUCAGCAUGGGGGCUACGAGAUCCCGGCCCGGCUCCGCACCCUGCACAACCUGGUGAUCCAAUACGCCUCACAGGGCCGCUACGAGGUAGCUGUGCCACUCUGCAAGCAGGCACUUGAAGACCUGGAGAAGACGUCAGGCCACGACCACCCUGACGUUGCCACCAUGCUGAACAUCCUGGCACUGGUCUAUCGGGAUCAGAACAAGUACAAGGAGGCUGCCCACCUGCUCAAUGAUGCUCUGGCCAUCCGGGAGAAAACACUGGGCAAGGACCACCCAGCCGUGGCUGCGACACUAAACAACCUGGCAGUCCUGUAUGGCAAGAGGGGCAAGUACAAGGAGGCUGAGCCGUUGUGCAAGCGGGCACUGGAGAUCCGGGAGAAGGUCCUGGGCAAGUUUCACCCAGAUGUGGCCAAGCAGCUCAGCAACCUGGCCCUGCUGUGCCAGAACCAGGGCAAAGCUGAGGAGGUGGAAUAUUACUAUCGGCGGGCACUGGAGAUCUAUGCUACACGCCUCGGGCCCGAUGACCCCAAUGUGGCCAAGACCAAGAACAACCUGGCUUCCUGCUACCUGAAGCAGGGCAAGUACCAGGAUGCGGAGACCUUGUACAAGGAGAUCCUCACCCGCGCUCAUGAGAAAGAGUUUGGCUCUGUCAAUGGGGACAACAAGCCCAUCUGGAUGCACGCAGAGGAGCGGGAGGAAAGCAAGGAUAAGCGCCGGGACAGCGCCCCCUAUGGGGAAUACGGCAGCUGGUACAAGGCCUGUAAAGUAGACAGCCCCACAGUCAACACCACCCUGCGCAGCUUGGGGGCCCUAUACCGGCGCCAGGGCAAGCUGGAAGCCGCGCACACACUAGAGGACUGUGCCAGCCGUAACCGCAAGCAGGUGGGGCUCCAUGUAGGAGGGGGUGGGCAGACACCUGUGUGGCCCUGGGUGUGGUCCAUUCACUGCCUGAUGCCCCUGCCCCUCCCUCAGGGUUUGGACCCCGCAAGCCAGACCAAGGUGGUAGAACUGCUGAAAGAUGGCAGUGGCAGGCGGGGAGACCGCCGCAGCAGCCGAGACAUGGUCGGGGGUGCCGGGCCUCGGUCUGAGUCUGACCUCGAGGACGUGGGACCUACAGCUGAGUGGAAUGGGGAUGGCAGUGGCUCCUUGCGGCGCAGCGGUUCCUUUGGGAAACUCCGGGAUGCCCUGAGGCGCAGCAGUGAGAUGCUGGUAAAGAAGCUGCAGGGGGGCAGCCCCCAGGAGCCCCCUAACCCCAGGAUGAAGCGGGCCAGUUCCCUCAACUUCCUCAACAAGAGCGUGGAAGAGCCGACCCAGCCUGGAGGCACAGGUCUCUCUGACAGCCGCACUCUCAGCUCCAGCUCCAUGGACCUCUCCCGACGAAGUUCCCUGGUGGGCUAAUGCUGAAGGGGCAGCCAGUCACCAGAGUGCCCACCUGGCACACCCCCCUCACCCCAGCCCUGCGCAUGGGCCUGCUGCUUGUCCCGCCUGUCUCUCCCACAGCCCCUGUCUUUUCUGUUCAAUCUCAGGGUAACCUUCUCCCUUGUCAUCUCAGCCUGAGCCCUGGAGGCUGGGCCUGCCCACUCCAGCUCCAUCCCUUAUUUAUUCCUUCCAGCAGGGCCCUCUUCCCUAGGUUCGGGCCAGCAGGAGGUGCCGGCUGGAGUCUCCACCAUAGACUCAGUGGCCUGGCCUCCCCAGACCCCAGAGCCAAGAACGCUAAGCACUCGCCGGCCCUUCGGCACCCUCGCCCUCCCUCCCGACUCAACCCGGCCGUUGCUUCUGUAUAUAGAGAAAUAAGUUAUUGGCCGCGCCCCUCCCUUCAGUCCGCGGUACUACCCGGGCCUCCCCUCGUCCCUCUUCUAGUGGUACCGCCCAGGCCUUAAUCACCCCCAUUCCGUGCGGUGGUAUCUCCCAGGCUCUACAUUCUCGGGAGCGGCGCCUCCCAAGGGGGUCCUGGGACCUUCUCGCGCUCCUCCUGGUCUCUGAGGGAUGCGUCCUACCCCCGCCAUCGCCCGGUGCCCCAGGACGGGGGCCUCCCCUUAGUCCGUCCUCCCACCGCCGGGCCCUGCCCCGCAUCCCGGCCUUAUGCACUGCCCCUCCCACCCGGCCCCGCCCAGGCACGGCCCGACCCCGCCCCGGGCACCGCCCACCGAGCCAUCCUGCCACGCCUCCCCCCACGCCUGCAGCUUCUCGCGAGGGGCGGCGACGGUCCCUUGGUGGCAGGAGAGGCUCCCCCUGUUGCGGGUGAGGCGGCUGCUCUCUAUUUUCAGAUGUUGCUGUAGAAAUAAAGACGGUUUAAAUCUGA